UUGUUGAAACAUUCUCUAUUUUACCUAUUUCAGAAAUAAUGUUAGUCUAGAAGAUCUUUUGAAUUUUCAACAAUGGAAAAACGUAUUUUAGGACUAUGUGUACGUGUAUGGACUGGAUCAAGAGAUGAUGUUGCUCUGAUCUAUGCUGAUCCUAUCCUGGCUGAUCUUCAACAGAUGAUUACUGAACAGAGUCUUUAUCAGAUCCUCAGUGAUCUUUUAUGGCCAAUCAGUAAAUCUGUUGAAGAGAAAGAAGUAUUGAAGAAUGGGAUAGAUUUACAUGACAAGAGAACAAAUGAAAAUGGUAUUUAUGAACUAAAAACUGAGAAGAAAAAGGGAAUGAAGAAUGCAAAUCUGAAGUGCAACGGAGAGGAUGAAAUAGAGAAGAACCUAGUUGAGGAUUAUGAUGAGAAUGAAAAUGAGGAACUGAAUGACGUGAAUGAUAAUGAUGAUGAUCUGGAUGAACUGGAAGAUAUAGAUGAGCUUCUUGAUGCUUCUGUAAAGAUGGAAGAGGAUAUUGAAGUUCAAGCGGACGAUAAUAAGUUUGAAAAGACUGCAGAAUCUACCAACUGCCAGGUUCAUGAUAAAUCCAUCCACUGUGAUCUCUGUGGAAAACCAUUUAAAAGAAAAUCAUCAUUAAAAGCUCAUUUAAAAACCUGCAAAGCAUUAGAAAACAAUACCUUUUCCUGUGAACAUUGUGAACUAGUUUAUGAUUCAAAGCCAGAUUUGAAGAUGCACAUGAAAACCGAACAUUCUUCGAUUGAUCUUCAGUGUAGGUUCUGUGAUUAUGUCGCGCAUACACUGGAAUAUAGAAAUAUGCACGAGAAGAGGAUACAUUUGAACCUGAAGUGUGUAACUUGCAGGAAAAUAUUUGGAUCUGAAGAGGAGAAAACUGAACAUAAAUGUGUCAAACCAGAUCGGUUUCAAUGUGAUCGUUGUGAGAAAAGUUAUUUAGUUAAAACAGAGUUAAAAAAGCACAUAAGCAUUGCACAUGAAGGUCAAAAAUUUCCUUGUGAACUCUGCAGAGAUGUUUUGUCCUCUUCACAAGCUUUAAAAAGACACACGAGAAAUGUGCAUGAGAUUAAGGUGAAAAACUUUAAAUGUCAAUUUUGUGGAAAAUCUUUCAAAGACAAACAAACCUUACAAAAGCAUGAGAAAAUACAUGACGAAAUAAAAUCUGAUCCCUGCCCUGAGUGCGGAAAAGUUCUUUCCAGCAACGAUGUAUUAAGAAUACACAUUAGAAGGGUGCACGAGCGUAAUUUUAAGCAUACUUGUGAGGAUUGCGGGAAGAGCUAUCCCUACCUCCACGCGCUGCAAAUUCACGCAGAAAUGGCUCAUCUAAAGGGUGCUAUGCUCAUGUGUACCGUCUGCGGAAAAGAGUUUAUUGGAAAGCAUCGAUUAAGAAAUCACAUGAUACAAAAGCAUCCAAAAGGUCAAGAGUUUACUAACUGUGAGCACUGUGGAAAGGAGGUUCCUGUCACCCAGCUUAGAAGUCAUGUAGUUGAGGCACACAAAAUGCAAGGAUAUAAGUUUCAGUGCACUUUCUGCCCCAAACGAUUUGAUACCAAAGCUCAUAUCAGAGAACAUAUUAGAAAGCACACAGGUGCACGUCCUUUUUUAUGCCGGGGUUGUGGAAAGUAUUUCUUCUGCCGCGAGACUGCCAAGAAGCAUGUCAGAUUGUUCCACGGCGAGGAUCUCAGCCUCGUGCACUAUGACGUCAUGAGAGAUGUCGGGAAUCCGUUCGUCAGCUAACAUUCAUCUUAAAAUGAGAUUUAAAAACUCUAAUGCUUUAUUUAUUUGUUAUAUAUUUUUCUAUUUUGUUAAUCCAAAGAAUUUUUA